AUGGACAUGAGUCCCAUCAACAGCUCAGUGGGCCUGGGAGCACACAACUCCUACACAAUCGUGCUGGUGAGAAACAUGACCGUGGUUCUGGUCUGGGUCGUCCUCAGUUACAUCAACGGGGCUCUGGUCACCACCUUCUUCAAAUAUCAAGUGUUCUACGAAGACCCUCGGUACAUCCUCUUCAUCCACAUGGUGAUGAACGACGCCUUGCAGCUGACCGUCACCGUCUCGCUCUUCGUCCUCAGCUACACCGUCUACAAGAUCAACGUGUCCCUCUGCUGCUGCAUCAUCCUGGUGGCCGUCUUCACCACCAGGAACACGCCAGUCAACCUGGCCAGCAUGGCCAUCGAGCGCUACAUCGCCAUCUGCAACCCGCUGCGACACCCUCAGAUCUGCACGGUGAGGCGGACCUAUGUGGUGAUUGGCAUCAUGUGGUUCAUAUGCGUGGCUCCGGACAUCACCGACCUCUUCGCCACGCUAGCGACCCAGCCGCUGAGCUUCUUCCACAGGUCCGUCUUCUGUCUGCGGCAGAACGUCUUCCAGGAUCCCAUCCUGGCGCAGAAAAGACUGGCCUUCGACAUUAUUUACUUCUCGUCCGUCUUCUUGGUCCUGGUCUUCACCUACCUCCGGGUGCUGUGGGCGGCCAGAGCUCUGUCCACGGAGAAGGUGUCGGCCCAGCGAGCCCGACGCACCAUCCUGCUGCACGUGGCCCAGCUGGCCAUGUGCAUGCUGUCCUACAUCUCACCCAACGUGGAGUUGGUCCUGCACCUCAUCUUCCCGGGCAGGAUCCGACAGAUCCGCUUUGUUAACUACCUCAUUGUCUACAUGCUGCCGCGCUUCCUGAGUCCAAUCAUCUACGGUGUCCGGGACAAACGGUUCCACAAGUACCUGAAGGUGGUGCUGCUGAGUCAGAGGUGCAGAGUCAGAGUCGGCAACACAAGUGUCCGUAGAGUCCUGCCCUGA